GGGACAGAGAAGGCUGUCUGCUACUCUGCCAUUUCUCUGUUGUUUGGUCAGCACGAUCCCCAACUGCCACCCGCCGGAGAAUCUCUCUCACUCACACCGCACAGUCCUACCUUCCGCCACCGUCUCGGCCGCCUAGGUCAGCUACCUUCGUACCAGUAGAUUGGAGGAAAGGGGAAAAGCUCUCAAAUUUCUUUCUUCAGGCGGUUGAUAGAUUUUUCUCUUCUCUGGUUAUUGCAGACUCCCGUGAAUCCCGCACCAAUCUCGCGCGCUUCUCCUCCUCCAUUCUUUUUCCUCUCUGCAUUUUCUUGUUUUUCCUUCCUUUCACUUCUCCCAAAUCCCAAACCGGAGUAAUUUCGCGGUAACCCGAAAUUUCGGCUUCUCCCUCUCUCCCGCGCUCUGCUCUGCUUUCUCUUUCUCUGUUUUCCCGUUUGUGAGAAUUUUCCUUUCCCUUUCCUGUUUUCAGAUUGUUUGUCACCUCUUCCUUCCUCGCUCCUUCUCUCUGUGUCUCGAAUCAUUACUACAUUGUUUCCUUCUAGCAUCUCUCAGUCUGAAUAUUUUCUAGGGUUAUGAUUCUGGUGCGGAGUUCUUGUCGAUCCCGUUUCUCUCUCUGUCGUUCAGCCAGAUUCUGAUUCUCCGAUCUCUCUUUCCUCCCUUGUCUUCGAAUCUGGUGGUUUGCUUUUUUUUUUUUCUUUCUUUCUUUCUUUCUUGAGUUUUUUUUUUUCUCUCUGAGAAUUUGCGAGGCAAAUAGUUGUAGUAUGAUUCUGAUAGAAGUUUGAAAUCACGAAUCUACCGGCGGAAAUGGAUUCAGCGAGGAGCUGGUUUCACAAGUUUCAGCCUCGGGACAAAAUGAGGUCCAACACGAGGCGGAAGGAGCUCGGCGACGGCGGCGGCGGCGGGGACAGCAGGGAUGAUUUUCCCAGGGACGAUGACGAAGCUCUCUCCAGCACCACUAAGCAGAAAGUUGCCGCCGCUAAGCAGUACAUUGAGAACCAUUACAAAGAGCAGAUGAAGAAUCUCCAGGAGCGCAAGGAGCGCCGGAAUUUGUUGGAGAAGAAAUUGGCUGAUGCUGAUGUAUCAGAGGAGGAUCAGAACAACCUACUCAAAUUCUUGGAGCAGAAGGAAACUGAAUACAUGCGCCUUCAAAGGCAUAAAAUGGGCGUCGAUGACUUCGAACUUUUGACAAUGAUUGGCAAAGGGGCGUUUGGAGAGGUUAGAGUCUGCAGAGAAAAGACAUCAGGACAUGUUUUUGCUAUGAAAAAACUAAAGAAAUCAGAGAUGCUUCGUAGAGGCCAGGUUGAGCAUGUGAAAGCUGAAAGAAAUCUGCUUGCUGAGGUUGACAGCAAUUGUAUUGUCAAAUUAUACUGCUCUUUCCAAGACGAGGAGUUUCUUUACCUUAUUAUGGAAUAUUUGCCGGGUGGAGACAUGAUGACAUUGCUUAUGAGAAAAGACACCUUGACAGAAUAUGAAGCUCAAUUUUAUGUUGCAGAAACAGUUUUGGCGAUCGAGUCUAUUCACAGGCAUAAUUAUAUCCACAGGGAUAUCAAGCCUGACAACUUACUUCUUGAUAGACAUGGUCAUCUGAGACUGUCUGAUUUUGGUCUAUGUAAACCAUUAGACUGCAGUACCAUCCAGGAAGGAGAUUUUUCAGUCCACAACCCUAAUGGCAAUACACAAAACGAGGACCGCCCAGCAGCUCCAAAGCGCACUCAACAAGAGCAAUUACAACAUUGGCAGAAGAAUCGGAGGACCCUCGCUUAUUCCACUGUGGGUACACCUGACUACAUCGCUCCUGAAGUACUUUUGAAGAAAGGGUAUGGAAUGGAAUGUGACUGGUGGUCACUUGGAGCAAUCAUGUACGAAAUGCUUGUGGGCUAUCCACCUUUUUAUUCAGAUGAUCCGAUGUCAACAUGCAGGAAGAUAGUAAACUGGAAAACCCAUUUGAAAUUUCCAGAAGAAGCAAGAUUAUCUCCAGAGGCAAAGGACCUCAUCAGCAAACUCUUGUGCAAUGUAAACCAGAGGUUAGGGACAAAUGGUGCAGAUGAAAUAAAGGAACAUCCAUUCUUCAACGGUGUUGACUGGGAUAAUAUUUACCACAUGGAAGCUGCCUUUACUCCAGAAGUCAAUGAUGAGCUGGAUACGCAAAACUUUGAAAAGUUUGAUGAGUCGGAGCACCAUCCCCAAACAUCAUCGAAAACUGGUCCAUGGAGAAAGAUGCUUUCCUCCAAGGACCUAAAUUUUGUGGGAUACACUUACAAAAACUUUGAAAUUGUGAAUGAUUAUCAAGUACCUGGAAUGGCCGAAUUGAAAAAGAAAGAUACAAAGCCAAAGAGGCCGUCUGUGAAGUCGCUUUUUGAAGGAGAGUCGGAAACGUCAGAAUCAUCAGAAACGGCCACCAGCGAUCAACCACCGGUUCAGGGGAGCUUUCUGAACCUGUUGCCUCCAGAACUGGAAGUUACUCCGAAACAGCACGAUGCUGUUUAGUCCAGGGCUCCCCUUACAGUGACCUUAUAGACUGCAUUUCCUUUGACACAGUCCUUUUUCCAGUCUCUUCGAGCAAUUAACAUAACCCGAGCUGGUAGCGUAGAUAUUUAAGGCCUCUCCAACCAAACUCUGCCUCUGUUGCUCCAACCUGUGCGAACUGUCUGAUGGAACGUUGCUGGUUUCUGGCGCAACUACUUCAGCUUGUAAAGUUAUGGUCCCAGCCUGGGCACGAGGAGUGUAGCACAAAGUUCCGUUCCAAGAAUUGCAGAAUACGUGCUCUAAUUCAACAUUCUGUGAUUAACCCUGCAAUGCAGAAUCAUCAUCCUCUAAAUUUUGAUUAUUUUUUUUUCUUUUUCACCCUCCUUUGACCACCACCAUUAGUUUAACGAUUCUUGUGUACCACAACAACAACAGCAAAAAAGGGUAUUUUCUCCCGUUGCCAGUUCAUCAAGAUGUAAAUGAAUACUCUGUUAUUUCAGGUAUUUGAUCGAUAAUGACACAACAAAUGUCGUCGCAUGCCAAGCAUUCAUGUGUGUUUGCUAGCAGGAGAGUUUUGCUUUGCUUCUCUCCUAGCUGCGGGAACCCAAGAAGUUGAUAAAAGCUACGCCUAAAGCAGUUUGUAAUCGUAGUUCAACGCUAUCAGUCUGUUGCUUCUCUCCUUUCUCUGCAUCCACCAGUCCAACCCUACUCCCCACUCCCCAGGCUGCUAACAAUCUUUCCACUUCUCCUCCUCUACUCUCUCGACAGCCACCGCCCCACUCGUCGUCGCCUAAUCUGCUUUGUGCGGCUGUUGCAACAAGGUCUCCGACAAUAUGGCGCCUCUUUCAGGCCGCUCUCGACUGUAGUCCAGUUGGAGAUUCCUUCUCUUUCAAAAACUAUUGUCUGUUGUCGGAUUAGAGGUUUAAUUUGAAUCCAUCGUGGCAGCGAUGAAUUUUUUGAUUAGUUAGCUCGUUGGGGAGAGAGCAGAUGCAAAGAGAAGUGAUGGCAGAGUCCAGUCGGUCUGAGACUGAUGGGUGCUCUGCCUGACUGUCGAAUCUAUUGUCUCUACCAGAGCUUGGUUAUCGGUAUUGUUAUAAGAACUGAACCUGUUCAACGGCUGGGCCAGUAGAAUCGCCAAAUCACUUAUGAUAGCGAUCUAGUUCAUUGUCUGGACGGUUAUUGAUGGACCAAACGAUUUUUCACGGUUCAGUAUAAAACCAUAUGAACCACCACAAUUUAAAUGGUCCACUGGUUCACUAUUUUAACUAUAAAAAAGAAGAAAAAAAAUCAAAUAAACUAAAACUAUCAAGUCAUGAUUAUUAAUUUUAUAUAUGGUUCCUCUUCUAAUUUUCCAAUCGUGUUGUCAUUUUUACGUGGUCCACUACCAACUGGCACCAUAAUUAUUAAUACUUAAAGAAAAUUAUGAUAUCUCUUUGUGUGACUUGAAUGAUUUACUAGAUAUUUUGGUGAUGAUAUGAAUUUGAAAUUGGUUAUGGUCAAAGUUAAGUUCAUUCAUAAAUUAGGGUAAUAUAAAAGUCUUUAUGUUAUAUAUUAUGAACGGUUUUACCAAUGGUUUUGUAACGGUUAACCACUGAACCAUAAAUCACUAACUUUUCCGAUUCGGCCUCUGGUCCAUGUUUGAAAACAGGGAAUGGGAUUAGGUGCUAACCCUUAUAGGGCUAGCACCAUGAUAACUAGUGUUUCAGCCAUUAGAUUAGAAUAUAAUCUUACGAUUAAAAUAAAAUAAAGGUUAUUUUGGUCACAAAACAUGCCCAAACCCUAAUAUAUAUUCAAAAUUUCCACUGCUAUCUACACUUUCCGUCUUCCUCUUCCUUUUUAAACUGUCGUCUCUCUCUCUUCCGCUUGCUCUGGAGAUGUGGGUUGAUUCUGCAGCGAGAUGGUGAUCGAGAUCCAUCCCUCGCUACAACGCCGUCGAUGUCGUCAGCGUCCCUCGCCGCCAACGUAGACGAAGACGAUGGGCUGGAGAUGUGGUUCGAUUCCGCAGAGAGCUCGAAAUCCAUCAAUCACUGCGCAACGACGCCGAGUCGUCAGCGUCUCUUGCCCCGAUUCCGCCCGCAGCGACGUCGAUUUCUGCCCGCAACGACGCCGACCUUGCCUGCGUUGGCUUUCCACUACCAUUGUCGUCAAUCACUCAUGGAUAGCAUGCGUGGAGGAAGAACGAGAUUUUUUUCCAGAUCUAUAUUAUUAUUUGAUUAGUAGUGUAUUUGGGUUAAUAGUGAUUGUGAUGUAUUGUUUUUCAUAUGUAUUAGUAGUUAUUGUUACUGUAAUCAACAGUUGAACAAUGAUAUUUGUAAAGUAGUAGUAGUGUUUCGUAUAUUGUUAGUAAUAUUUGUUCUUUGUAGUACUUUUUUCAUUUACAGUAUUAUUCUUUCCAAAUAUCAUCAACUUCUUCUAUUUAAAAAACGCUACUAAAAACAACAAAAUCACUAUGGAUUAUUAUAAAAUGAAUACAACAUCUAAACUAAAUCACUAUUAAUUCAAACUAGUAGUAGUUUUUUCCCUAGUAUUUUUUCACGUUAAAGUUCUUUGCGAAGGAGGAGAGAGAUAAUUAAAAUUUAAUUUAUUUAUUAAAUUUAAUUUUACUAAAUACCAAUAAGACGCUUCGUUGCUCCUUGGUUAGGACGGUGCUAACUCUUAUACAAUUAGCACAGUAACUCCUCCCUGAAAACAGAGGUUAUCAGGUUUUCAACUCCAAAUCAAUUAUAUUUCAGUUCGCCCAUAUCAAACCGAAAUAUAAUUCGUUUCCAAAUCAAUUUGAUUUUUGAGAGUAAUAAAGAUACCGAUAUCACCGAAGCAAUGCACACCCCUAAAUUGUUAAAAACAAAAUUCAUGAUAUUCCCUUUUUUCAAUUGUGUUAAUAAAUAUUUACGAAAGUUUAUUAUUAUAUCUACAUAUAAUAUAAUACACCGAAGGGAAAAACGGGAGCCCCAUUUCAAAUUUCCUGCAACGAGAGUGAAAGUAGGAAGGACAUUUUGGUCUUCACAAUUACUUUUUUUUAUUCAUUAAAAAGACACGUACUAGUAUUCGAACCAUGUCCAUUUUAAAGAAAAGCAAGGAACAUAACUAAUCACACUAAGUACAUUUGUUGCAUCCUUUUAAAUCAAAAACAUAUAAUAGCAGGGAGGAAAAACCCCUUCCCCCAUUUCAAAUUCCCUGCUCCAUGAGCGUUUGUAGGAAGGGUAGAAUAGGUAGUGUUAAUUUUUUUCUCUUUCCUGUGUGGAACAUGCCAACUUACCGUACACAUGCGGAUUUAAACGGGUUCAGGAGUGUCAAUUUUUUUCUUUAACCCCUUGUAUUUCUCCGUGGUGAUAAAAUAUAUAUGAAAAGGCAAAAACAAUACUUCUUUUUAUGCUAAAAAUAAAAAAAAAUUAACAAUAAACUAAUGCAUGGUAUCUAAAGGGCUAACCGCUAACCAUAAAAUAAAAGAGUUGAAUGGGCCUGACCUACACCGGAUUUGGCCAUCAAGUAAAAUAAAUGAACAUCAUUGGUUUGACAUUCUAAAACAAGCUAUUUUCUCUAGCAUAAUAUAUAUUAUUAUAUUAUUUUAUAUUUUAGUGGCUAAAAUAUAAUGUAGUUUAAAGUUAUUCAAUGGUUCAAUCUCGACCAACCCAAUUAGUCCAAUUUUUAUCAUUUCAAAUAUAUAUUAUAUAAUUAUUUGAUAUCAUAAUGAUAAAAUUAUAGUGUAUUUUAUAGGGAAUCGUUUGGUAUUUGUUAGUAAAAAACUAAACAGAAAGAUCUAUUUGGUUAUUUUAAACAUUAAAACGAUCCUAAACAUUUUCAGUUUGUUUUGAAUUUCUAUGGUUUUAUUCCCGAAUAAGUGAUGUGCAAAUGGCGAAUUGCAGUCAUCUAUUUUCUUUCACUAUUUUUUAUUUUCAAAUAGAAAGUUUAAAAGUAACGAAUAAUUAGAAUUUUGCAUGGGUCGGUCAAACAGGCUGAAUUUUAAGUUUUGGCCCGUUUUGAUCAAGUCUAAUUUAUAAUCACAUGGUUCCCUGAUACCCGAUAAAAAUCUCAAUCCAAACCAGUUUGGCAGGUGAGUCCGUGUUUACCACCAUUCUCUAGGAAUACGACAACGGCGGUUCCUAUCCCAAAUCGUGUUGUUCGUUCUUGAUUUCCUUAGAUUUUAUCAUGGCCUGACAAAAACCAGAAAGCACAAUGACGACAAGAUGAAAGUUUUAUAAAUCAAAUUAAUGGUGUUCUCUUUCUGAUCUCAUGUAAUUAUAUAAUGAAGUUGAAGUUUUUCGAUGCUAUUCAAUUUCAUUGGUAUGUUUUUAAUGGUCUAACUUCAUGGUUGUACCAACUUUUGAUGUACUGUUUAUGUUCCAAUAUAUUCACUUUGGUAUGAUUAUUAGGGAUAUGCUAGGCGGUACUCACCAUUAGACCAAUUUAGCUUAAUGGUUGAAUCUACGGGUUAUCCCAAUAAUUCAAUAUUCAACUCAGCUCCUCCGACCAACGGGUCGGGUUACAAGCUAGUUAUUAUUAUUAUUAUUAUCUGUUCGAUAAACUGGUGAAGUCGAUCUAUUUUCUUUUUCGUCUUCCUCGUCUCGCUCUUCUUCUCCUCUUUCUCGUUUUCUUAAUUUUUCAUUUUCUAUUCCUCUCCAACCUCCAUAACAACACAAACAAAACACAUAUUCGUGGUUUCUCGCUGAACCUUUCUUUUGUUUGCUUCCUCGCCUCGGGCUUUUGUUGUCAAUCCCAAAGCAAAGCUCCUUUGAUCUCUUUUGCCGUAUUAUUGUUUCAGUUUAUUUUUCCUUCCUUCCUUCCUCGAUCGAUCCUUCCUUUUUCC